AUGUUUGCUCUCAGAUUUUGGGCCGAACUCUUCCAGUUAUCGUCAGAUCGUUCACAAUGGACGAUUCUCUAUCCAUCGUUACUGUCCGUUACAGUAACCGAAGUAUCACGCAAACGACACACCGUUCACGUAACGGCGACAUGUGAUUCACGUGUUAUUGUUGAUCAUAUUCUUGAUUCUUCCAGUCAAGUGACACGAGUUUCAUCAUGUUUCGCUUACUGGCGUCACCAGGGCGAAACGUUCGGUGUGAAUGUGGUCAGUGCUGAGGAUUGUGAUCGAUUUUGUGAGCUUUCGAUGGAUUCGAAUCGUUUCAUAAAGUUCGCUUCAACUUCACAACAAACGUCGUCAUUUCAUGUUGUUGCUGCUAAAUUGUCACAGAUAUUCGAGGUUCAAAAGGGUGUGAUAAAGCACAUACAAACAUCGUUCACUGACUGUGUGAUCAGAUUAUCGAAUAAUACGGCCGUUGUUCGAGUCAAUGGAAAAGAUUUCUCGCUGAAUUUGCUGGAAAGUGUUAUGGUAGUUGGUGAGAUGAAACAUCGACUGUAUAUUUCUGAACCAGGUGGCGCAUUUGCAGUGGAGUGCGAUUGUGCGAAAACGCUUCGUUCAUUGCUGAUAAACCUUUUGACCAUAUCGUCGUACCUUAUAUCCAACUCAAACAACUUACCGAAUGCGGCACAUUAUUUGCAAAGACAAAUUACCAAACUGAAUGAAAAAAUUGCAUCGGUACGAUUCAUUUUUGUGUUGAUGCGUUCACUGACUGCACUUCAGCCGGAAUGUGAAUUGGCACGCGAUCUGAACGAAGAGCUGGAAAUGGCUCAUCUACGCUUAUUCGCUCUCAAAUAUCGACUUGCUGCCAUUUGCGAUGUUUCCUUUCCAACACCUUCAGUUAGUUUACGCUCUCAAUGCCCACAGUUGAUUAAAAUUUCAAGGAAAAUGUGUCUGUGUUUUAAAGCAAAUUGUCGGGAGGCAGUUAUCAAGGGACAGUUGUCCUCGGGGUUAAUUUUCGGGGGCAGUUAUCGUCGGGCUCAAUUGUUAGGAGCAGUUGAACUGUUGAGCAAGAUUUCGUUACGCACUCUUCGACAUCUCAGUUCGUUCAGUGGUGCUGCAGUUUGCUCACUUCAUUUGCAUUUCCUCUGCAAAUCACGUUUUCAAAUAAGUAAAAGAAGUUCGUGUUCACGCGACGAGUUAGCGUUGAAUGUACUUGCAUUACACACUGAACUUAUGCAGCACGCUAACGUCUCGGUGGUGCUUCCUUCAGGCGCAGUUGUGAAUAUCGAUGAACCGGCUGAGAACGUUGACGCUAUCCUUGCAAAGGUAUGCAAGGAAUUGGGUUUAUCUGCUGAUAAACAUUGUAUUCUACGCGAAGGUCGACAUCGAGUUAGAUUGGUUCAAUGUGAAUAUCGUAUCGAAAAAAUUGGUCGCAGCCUUGGACUGACGAUUUGUGCAAGACAGACUGAUGGGACUGUUAAGGCUGAAGUACGUGCAGUUCGUGACGGAACAACAGCAGUCGAAGUUGGUGAUAAAGUGAUCAGUGUUGAUGAUCGACCAAUCGAUCAGUUGAAAACUGCUGAAGAAGUUGAAGCCUUGUUACAGUCAGCUAGUUCGCUCGUACUACGCCGUUCAAAAUUUCAACAAACAAAAAUAAACACAAAUAUAAACGAUGACAAUAAAUGCCAUACUGCAAUUGCAAAGAAAGCAUCAAGUAUGGAUCGUAUCUCUGAACCACCGACCUCAGCUAUUCUUCACAAUAAUUGGCAGGCUGAAAGUACACGAUCUUCGCCGUCAAGAAAUUCAAAUGUGAAUCUAACGAAGAACGUAAACGUGAUGUCACAUUCGGCGUGCGAACGUAUCUCACGAGCUGAUACGAAACGACACAGCCCUGUGGACGUCAGCUUGAAUGCAAUUCAUUUUAGUACCAGUGCUGAGGAACAACUCUUUAAAACGAUCAACGAGUUGGUUAACACCGAAAAAAAUUUUGUCAAAGAUGUUCAGAAGUUGGUUGCGCAAUAUCUGAAACCGUUGAAUCUAACUAUUUUGGAAACUGCCGAUCGACUCUUACGAAUUCAAUCGUCAUUUUUGUGUUCACUUCUGGAUGCUGCGGGUGACGUUGUUCAUUCUCCAUCUACUUCACAGCAACAGUUAAGAGACUCACUGAUUCGUAUAUCAGCAUUAUUUGUUAACAAAUGUAGCAAAUUCAAAAUAUAUAGCGAAUAUUCAGCCGCAUAUCUUCGAUUUCAACAGAACGAGAAAGAAAAGAAUGAUAUUGAAACGAAAUUGGAUAAGAUGAACGUCAGCGGUGAGCAAAGUGAAAGUGCGCAAUCGUUGUUGAUAAAGCCAAUUCAAAGAGUACUUAAAUAUCCAUUGUUUUUGCAACAAAUGUGCGAUAAUUGUGUAUGUGGCUCAGUGGAACGACAACAAGGCGAGCAAGCACUCGCACGAAUGCACGCACUUGCUGAGUAUGUGAAUGAAAUGCAGCGACUUAACGAACAAUAUGGAUCUGUCAUUGAGGAGAUAUCAUCGAAGAAUUCCGCAAUGUUGCGAAUGAACUUCAGUCAGUUGCUGAUGUUUGCACAUGUGAAUUGGUUGAACUGCUACGAGAAUCGUUCGCGACCGGUCUCAUGUGUUGCAUUCGUUUUCACCUCUCUCAUUCUCAUACUUUGCCCGACACUUUACAAAAGCAAGGCACGCGUAUACCGUAUCCUACCGAUCGCAGAGAUUGAAGUGAAUGAAAGCGAUGCAAAUUCGACACAGUCUCAAUUCCUGUUCGUCCUAAUUCAUGUCGGUUCUCCACGUGAACCUGUUUAUCAUUUAUGUUGUUGCCAGGCUGAAGUAAAGAAUCAAUUCAUCAAGUCAAUACGUAAAGCAGCUGCUUCUCUUACUAAGGAACAACGACGUCCUCUCAGUGGUAGUAGUCAAUCGGAUGGCGGUUACAGUAGUGAGCGUCAUCCUCCUUAG